AUGCUCUUUCAUGUCCGUGUCUCUAACAUCUCGCUGCUCCGUCCUCUGUCCCACCCGCAGGGAACCUGCGGAGGCCUCCGCACCCCGUGCAAGCUAGACGGAACGGAGAACCACCUGGUGAUGUCUCACCUGCGCGCCAGGAGCACCACCGAUGUCUCCGCGGACAUGUCCCUCGCGGGGACCACAGGCGACAACACGCGCCUGCUCGGUCAGGCUCUAGAGGAGGAGGAGGAGGAGGAGGAGGAGGAGGAGGAGGAGGAGGAGGAGGAGGAGGAGGAGGAGGAGGAGGAGGAGGAGGAGGAGGAGGAGGAGGCGAUGCAGGCGGAGGGCGUGCGGGAGGUGGCCGUGGCAACCGGCCUGGAGGUGCUGUACCAGGAGACCCCCAACUACCGCGGAGCGGCGGCCGAGGCUGACCGCAUGAUCGAGCCUAGGGAGACGGCUAGGCAUGCCUGGCGAGUGCCAGACCUGGGUGUAGAGCCUAAUGUUAGUGCAUGUGAGGAGGCGGUGACUGAAGGGGGUUAG